AUGGGCUACCGCCUCGCGCCGCUCGUGCUGCUCCUGUGCCUUUCCUGGGGCGGCCGGGAGCGCCUUCCAGGGGCCGAGGCCGCCCGAAGGCGAGGACCCACCGUGACCGCGAAGGUGUUCUUUGAUGUACAGAUUGGUGACAGAAAUGCUGGCAGAAUUGUAAUUGGCUUGUUUGGAAAGGUAGUACCAAAGACAGUAGAAAACUUCAUUAAACUUGCAACUGGAGAGAAAGGAUUUGGUUAUAAAGGAAGCAAAUUUCAUCGUGUAAUCAAAGAUUUUAUGAUUCAAGGAGGUGACUUUACAGCUGGAGAUGGUACUGGAGGAAAAAGCAUCUAUGGAGAUAGAUUUCCUGAUGAAAACUUCAAACUAAAUCACUAUGGCAUUGGUUGGAUCAGCAUGGCUAAUUCUGGCCCAAACACUAAUGGCUCCCAGUUCUUCAUUGCUGUAACAAAGCCUGGCUGGUUAGAUGGCAAACAUGUAGUAUUUGGAAAAGUCAUUGAUGGAAUGUCAGUAGUACAUGAUAUUGAACUUCAGGCAACAGAUGACCAUGACCGGCCUCUUCAGGACUGUGUGAUCAUUAACAGUGGAAAAAUAGAUGUAAAAGAACCCUUUGUGAUUGAAGUAGAUGAUUGGAGAAGUUGACAGAAAUAGGAGCACCUGAGCUGCAGUAACGUCUGGUUAUCACUGUGUGAGGCUUCUAUCAGAAAAUACUUUGCAGAGACUAUACAAGGUCACCUUGCAGGUAAAAAAAAUACCUGGGUAUUAAAUGAGGAAAUGUUAUGCUAUUACUUUUCUAGGGUAAAACAUUUCAUAGGUGUUGAUUUAAAGAGAUUGACACUGAGAUUAUCUUUGCAGCAUACAAUACAAAUGUUUAUAGCCCCUUGUUCUUUGUUUACUAGUAUCCACCUUAUGAAUAUUUUUAAUCUCUUUACGUAAUAAUUUUGAAACUUUGAACAAAGCCCCUCAUUUUUCAACCAGCACUUCUACAGUAUAUAUUACGGUAUGUGGAUUUCCUAAUUUAUGAAUUUGAAAAUAGACAUGAAAAAAUUACUAUGUAAUUGAACAAAUUAUGCUGACAUAACAAAUACCUUGCAUCAUCCUUUUCAACAAUACAUAGAUAUCAUUUAUUAAAAGACUUCCCUUCCAACUAGACUUUGGUUUGAAUUUGUCAAAAUGCAAAAUAUGUCAUUAUAGUUACAUAUUACUUUUAUAAUUUUAUCGUUUAAAUCUUGUUUACUUACCUUGUGUACAAAUAUUAAACUACUGGUGAAAGAUA